GAAUUUUUAGUUAGAGUGAUUAACAUUAUGUUGUAUAAAUACGUAUAAUAUAAGAAUUGAGGGCAUAAAUCAAAAACUUUCACAAACAGAGACUAAUAUAUCAAAUUUCUGAAACGUUGCAUCACAUAUUGUAAAGAAUAGACAUCAAAAGGACUGAUUUAGAAAUUUUGAGAAACAGCGUAUUGCGUUUUACUCCGGUCUGGGACAGAACACUAUCGCUUUGUUCAAAAAACACCGGUCGAUCCUGCCGGAGAGAACUGUACGAUCAAAGCUAAAAAAGAUGGUGAGAAUAAGCAGAGUGAUGCUAAAAAACGCCGGACAUGCAAUCGACAAGACACUCUCCGAGAUUCUCGUGUGCCCUCUCUCUAAGCAACCCUUGAGGGUUUGCGAGAUGCCGAAAGCACUGGUCAGCGAUACAAUCGGUGUCUCUUUUCCUAUAAAAGAUGGGAUUCCAUGCUUGGUUCCAAAGGAUGGAAAAAUACUUGAGGAGGUAGGUGAUGCAUCAAAAGCUUCAUGAUUUUUUUUUUCUUUUUACACUAAAAAAAUAAGGUCAGAGUGAAGGUAGCAACAUAUCAAUGGUUCCUUCUUUCAUAUGUACUAGUUACUUGACCAUCUAUGCCGUUAUUUUUUUUAUGCUGGUAAUCAAGUUCUGGUAACAGUUUGAAGUUGUAAUGAGAAACAUUGAUGUAAGCAAUUGAAUGAUAGUGGAGGACCUGGAGGUGUAUAGUUUCAGGUGAGCAACUUCAAGCUCUAACUCGUUUGUAUAAGCCUGGAAAAGAGAAUAAAAACCAGAAACCCUUUUUAAAAACAAAAGCAUUUCGAUGGCAAAACCCACAUUAUUUCUUUCUGGAGUAGAAGGUUAGUAGAAGAGAGGCACAUUCCUGUUUCCUAGCUCUGGAACGAGCUGCAGAUUCUCUGUUCUUGAUCAUACGCUUAUGUCUUCUAUUCCCUGAACCUUCAUUGGACUCUUGGCCUCUUUUCUUACCAAAAGAAGUAAGAUCCUCAAGAGAGGUGUUGAAUGAAGGAACGUUUGUGAGGUGAGGCAGAGUAGAGUUAGGGGUAACAAGAGGAUCUUGGUUAUCAAGAAACUCGAAGCCGGCACCAGAAUUCAAGCUCAGAACAGUUUCAGGAGGUGGCAAAGGAGAGCUGCUAAAGAGAGCAGUGACAGUGGUGGUAUCGCGAUUGAGGCUUGUGGGUAUGUUUGAUUCGUGGUUCAAAGGUCUGUUGAGAAAAUCUUGGAAGAUAGAGUUAGGGUUUUGGUCCUGGUGGUGGUUAUGGCUCCUGAACCUUGGCUCAUGGUUGUGUUGUGGAUGUUGGCUGUGGCGGUUUAGGUGGUGGAUGGAAGCAAGGUUGAUGUCUUCCCAAACUUCUUCCAUAUUGGUGAUUAAAGAACUCUUUUGGGCUUCUUGAGAGUCUUGUGAGUGUAAAGGAGAUGAUGAGGAUGAGGAUGAGGAGGAUGAUGGUGAUGGUGAUGGUGGUGAUGAGGAAGAAAUGGAAGAAACAGUGUUGAGAAUCUUGUUCUUCUUUGUAGCAGAGACUCUAACGUUUCUCUGAUGCUUUGCUGAUGACAUCAUUGGAAAAGAGAACCAAACAACACAGCUUUAACCCUUUGGUGUCAAAUGUCUUGUAUCCUACAGAGAGAGAGAGAAAGAGAGAGUGUGUGUGUGUAUGAAUAGAGAGCUCAGAUAGCUUCUUGACUUUCGCCGGUCAUCUCUGGAAUGAUGGUUGGGGUCCAGAAGAAGAGAUUGAAACUAUUCAGAAAUAUAUAUAUAUAUUAUAAGAUAAAUAUGUA